GUUCACCGCAGUUUGGUUCGAGUGUGUGUGUGUGGUGGACCUUCAUACGCUUGUGGAGGUUGUGACGAGGAUGUCUAACGAUGAAUAUUUUGUUGUUGCGUUUGUGGCUCUAAUGGUUCUGGGGGUGGCGGCGCAGGAUGAAACUGCUGUAGACAAUACAGCUGUAGUGCCGGUGGCAGCUACUAAAUCUGUUGAUACGGAAGUUUAUCUUCCCAGAACACCUACUUCGACGGAGAUCUUGCUUCCCCAGAACUCUGGUGGAACUGAAAUCUUGCUUCCACGUUUAGGUACAGCGGUGCAAGUGAAUGUGCCGUCGCCUGCACUUAUACCUAACUUUAGACGUGAUGUCUUGAUGAUGAAGAGAGUUAACGAGAACCUUCGCGCUCUGGCUGCUGCUCACUUCCGGAAUGCCUUGACCCAACUUGGAGACUGGGGCUACGGAAACGAGGGUCUUCCAGCUUACGAAAGUAGCUUCAGCUUUCACUCGUCCAGCACCAGAGAUGGUCGUGUCACAUCGGUCAGUCGUGAGUACAAAGUUACUUCAUACGGCACGGGUGGAAGCCCUGUAGACUGGUCCAGCCCGUCCUUCCCAGAGCGGCAGAGAGGUGACUGGCUCUGGCCUCGGCACAUCUAUGGACAACCAUCACACCAAAUGAACCUCCAGUGGCCUCCAUUUUAGCUUCAUUCACAUAGCUUCCAUACUGUAAAAAUAGUGUGUAAAUUAAAAGUUGACUGCAACAUGCUUGUUCUACUUCUAAUAUACGUAUGAAUAGUAAA